ACAAUAUACAUUUGUUUUAACAGUGUGUAUAACGCAUCGCAAUUUGUUUCUAUUUCAUUCCAUUACAUCUUGAAAAUAUUUUAUUAUCUUCAGUCAAAACAGUGUCUGUACGCACAACUUGUACAUUACGUCAUAUUUUGCGUUGUCAUAAAUCUUAACUUUGCCAAGUUAUAAAUGUUUAAGUUUCGAGUUGUAAGCUUCCUCAUGUCAUGCUUGGUUUGUUCAAGUUUGUUUCGCAUUCAGAGCAAGAGUAAGUUGGUUAAAAAACCCAGCCUGAUUUUGUUAUGAUUGGGCAUGAAGAUUUCAUAAACUGAUUUUCAGUGUGAGUAAACUCAUUGCAGUCACAUGCAAUCCUGCAUCCACAAAUUAUGUGAUUAUGUGAUUAUUUUUUUUACGUGGUUAUAUGAAAACAUGUACUAAACAUGUGUAGGUUACAAUCAGAGAGGACAACCUCUUUCUCUGCUACAGUGUUGGGCCCGUUCCACUGGACACAGACAUCAGUUCAACGUCGUUUUGAUUUACAUUUUGUUGAGUUGUCAACUAACGUGAAAUCAACGGGAAAUCAACAACAAUGUCACCACAUCAUCUGAUUUAAAAAAUACGAAAUGGCCUUAUGUUGAUGACUUUUGGCACAUCCAAUCAUUUUCCCACGCUGAUUCAACGCCAUUACAUAUUAUUAUUUUAUGACGUGGAAACAACGAUGAUUCAACCAUUUCCCCCCCUAGUAGGGUGUCUGUCAGUAGAUUAUAAUAAAAUAGCUAGAAUAGAACAGAAUAGACUGGAAUACAAUACAAUAGAAUAUCGGUUAAAAGCAAAAUAAUUCCCCAACAACAACAGGCAAGAACUGUCACUAUAUGGGGUUGUUAAAGACUUACAGCUUUCACAGUGGUGGGUAGAUGACAGCGACGACCUAUAAAGAACAAUAACGGUCAGGGACCAAGGACUCAUCAUCAGUUCGCGCGCUCAUAGAAUGGGACACGACGACGCACUGUCCUCAAAGACCCCUUCCCAUUCAUGCUGUGGCAUGAGAGACGGGGAGAAAAUAUGCAUCGAGGCACUUAGCUACAGCCAAAGCGAUGGACCACAUGCAUUUCAGAUGCUUACAUUCAGAUGUGGCUACAAUGAUUCUGUAUCACGAAAAUGUAACGAAUAUCGAUGGAAAUCGGGCUAUUGCGCACCAAACAGUCACGUAAUGCGUGUUUUAAUCUCAGUAUUUUGUGGUCACCGACUGGCAUAGUUAUUUUUGUCGAGACAUUUUGAUACCUUCGUGAAAAUGUAUUUUUUUACAACAGCAUGCGUUCAGCACAAAAUCCCUGCAGGGGCUAGUAUUGCUUAUUUAAUCAUCAAUCAUUUUGUGUGAUGUUUUUCAAGAACGUGGAGCAGUGUUUUGCAUGAAGUGAUGAAGCCAGAUGCCAACGUAGUGGAAUCUGAACCCGGCAGAGUACAGCCAGCGCGUGCUGUGGUCGUGGAGCGGAUAAAUGCCAUCGCGUGAAGCGCUAACCCCCACAAAGAGAACUCCAUGUCUUUCUUGGACUGCUCCUGCAUCUCCCCCACGCAGGUCCAGCCAAUCAGCAUAGAGGACCAGUAUGAGGACGUCAGCCACCAAUACCUGAGCUCCGACGUCUCAGAAUGCACUUUCACCUGGGGUGGUGCAGGCAGCGAUGACAUCACAGCGCUCUCUGCUAACUCCGCCCACUACCAGCUGCUGUCAGAGCUGGGGAAAGGCUUCAACAACCUGAGCCAGGUGCGCAUGGCGCGCCACACCCCCUCCCGCCAGCUGGUGGCAGUCAAGAACACCAACCUGGAUGAGUGUACUGAGGAUGAGCUGCUACAGUUGAUGAACGAGGUUCUUCUCUCCAGGCUUUUCCGCCACCCCAACCUGCUGACCUCUCGCCUGGUCUUCAGCUCCUGCUGCCAGCUCUGGGUCCUCACACCACUCAUGGGCUACGGUUCGGCAGAUAGCCUGCUGAGGACCUUCUUCCCUGACGGGAUGAGUGAGUCCCUGAUCGCUUACCUCCUCCACGGAGUCCUGAAGGCUCUGCAAUACCUGCACCUCAUGGGCUACGUGCACAGGGGAGUGAAGGCCAGUCACAUCCUGCUGUCUGGGGAGGGCCGUGUCUACCUCUCGGGGCUGCACAGUGUUUACAGUAUGAUGCGGGAUGGGAAGAAGGUGAGGACUGUGUUCGACAUGCCCCACCACAGCCCCGCCCUGCUACCCUGGCUCAGCCCAGAGCUGCUACGACAGGACCUGCAUGGCUAUGGGGUGAAGUCAGACAUCUACAGUCUGGGGAUAGUAGUCUGUGAGCUGGUCAGUGGCAGGGUGCCUUUCCAGGACAUGCCCCCUACACAGAUGCUGCUCCAGAAGCUGCGUGGGUCCCACUGCUGCCUGCUGGACGUGGCCCCCUCCCCCCUCGGGGAGCUGAGGGGGCUGAAGGUGUCCCGCUCCGGGGUGGACUCUGGCAUCGGGGAGAGUGUUGCCACGGGCAGCCUGACCCGCACCGCCACCGCCGAGAGACCUCAGAGCCCCGCCCCCAAGAACCACUCGGUCACCCUGCACAACCUGGUCCAGCUGUGUCUGCAACAGCAGCCCGACUGCAGACCCUCUGCUUCUACACUGUUGACCCAUGCCUUCUUCAAACAGGUGAAAAGGCAUCAUACCCGGGACUCCUUCCUCAGUCUCAUGUACCCCGCGGUGCCCCUUGGAGUUUCCAGCCCCGAUGACCCCCCUGUGUCCUGCUCCCCUUCCCCGUCCUGCCACCCCCCCACCUCCUCCAUCGCUCACUCCACAGAGGAGGUGUGGGACUUCUCCUAACCCUCCUCCCUGCCCCCUUCCACCUCUGCCCCCCACAUCCCAAAACCUGACAACCAAGCCUAACUCAAGACAAUCAUAACGAUAAAAAAAACAGCGAACCCAAACCUUUCUACUGUGCUCUGAUUGGACCUGUCCUACCCACCACUCUGAGCCUUUCAAAUCAAAUCAAAUCAAAUUUAUUUAUAUAGCCCUUCGUACAUCAGCUGAUAUCUCAAAGUGCUGUACAGAAACCCAGCCUAAAACCCCAAACAGCAAGCAAUGCAGGUGGAGAAGCACGGUGGCUAGGAAAAACUCCCUAGAAAGGCCAAUACCUAGGAAGAAACCUAGAGAGGAACCAGGCUAUGUGGGGUGGCCAGUCCUCUUCUGGCUGUGCCGGGUGGAGAUUAUAACAGAACAUGGUCAAGAUGUUCAAUGUUCAUAAAUGACCAGCAUGGUCGAAUAAUAAUAAGGCAGAACAGUUGAAACUAGAGCAGCAGCACAGUCAGGUGGAAGUUGAAACUGGAGCAGCAGCAUGGCCAGGUAGACUGGGGACAGCAAGGAGUCAUCAUGUCAGGUAGUCCUGGGGCAUGGUCCUAGGGCUCAGGUCAGUUGAAACUGGAACAGCAGCAUGGCCAGGUGGACUGGGGACAGCAAGGAGUCAUCAUGUCAGGUAGUCCUGGGGCAUGGUCCUAGGGCUCAGGUCCUCCGAGAGAGAGAAAGAAAGAGAGAAGGAGAGAAUUAGAGAACGCACACUUAGAUUCACACAGGACACCGAAUAGGACAGGAGAAGUACUCCAGAUAUAACAAACUGACCCCAGCCCCCCGACACAUAAACUACUGCAGCAUAAAUACUGGAGGCUGAGAUUGUACUGUGCUCUGAUUGGACCUGUCCUACCCACCACUCUGAGCCUUUCUACUGUGCUCUGAUUGGACCUGUCCUACCCACCACUCUGAGCCUUUCUACUGUGCUCUGAUUGGACCUGUCCUACCUACCACUCUGAACCUUUCUACUGUGCUCUGAUUGGACCUGUCCUACCCACCACUCUGAGCCUUUCUACUGUGCUCUGAUUGAACCUGUCCUACCCACCACUCUGAGCCUUUCUACUGUGCUCUGAUUGGACCUGUCCUACCCACCACUCUGAGCCUUUCUACUGUGCUCUGAUUGGACCUGUCCUACCUACCACUCUGAGCCUUUCUACAAGUUUUCUAUGCUUUCCUAUGUUUGUUUUGGAACUCAAAUAAGGUUCUGCAGGUGGAUGUUUAUUGUCUUGAGUCUUGUCCUGGAGGCAGAACUGAGCCAUUUCCCCUUAGAUAGGCCAGCUGCUGGAAUAGGAGGGCGGGAUUAUUGAAGCUGCUCUGCCUGGACCAUCCAAUGAGGAUCUCUGUGCCAUGGGUGUGGCUGCCGGUCAACGACAAUGACAACCAAUGACGUUGCAGGACAGUGAGGACACACCCCCUAUGCCCGUUUAAAGACCUAUCACUGGACUCAUAUGGAUCGUACUACGAACAGUAAUGUGAACUAUUUUAGGCUAUUAGACUGUGAAAGGGCAUAGAUAAUAAUGUGUCAGGGUUUGAAGAGGAAGAUAAUAGAUAAUGAUAUGUUAUGGAGUUGGAGAGGGUAUAAGUGUUAAAUCACAAGUGUGUGAGCAGAGACGGUACGAGAAUAGCUAGUGUGUUAGUGGAAGUUCUAUGGUUAUCCCUCUUGUCUUGUGAAACCAGCCUGAUCUCGCGAUAGCUCACAUUCCCGAAGUGAAACUAAACGUGAGCUCAGCAGUCCGUCUGAUUGACCAGGCUGCUAUCCCUCCCCUGUACAACCAGUGAAAUCCCUGGGAUCAAAUAAGAACUAUAACACUACCACUACUGUGGUUUGAGAUGCACUACCCUAUACACGUCCUCCGAGUCAUAAUAAACGUAUGGGAGGAUCCUCAAUUGUAUCGUUUUAAUGAAAUCUGUGAACUGUUUAUGAUACAUUUGUGUGUUUUAUUCUGUGAUUGAUAAUUAUGUGUAUGAGAGACAUUGUAUGUAUCAGUGCAUAUCAAACAUGUUAUAGCUGUAUGAGCCUUAUAGAAGUGUUAUAAAUAUAUUCAUUAUCAA